GUUACUUGUCCUGAAGUCACAUCAGAUCAGUGAUCAUAUUAUCUACUUGGCACGCAUUUGGGACUUAUUCUACAUUUUAACAUUUGGUUUCAGAUCCACCUUUUGCCGAAUUUCUAAAAGCUUAUUUUGAGUUUGUCCUUUGUUGGUUGGACAGGAAACGAGAAGAUACAAUUUGACGGAAUCUCGUCUUUUUGGACUUCGAGCACUGACUCGGGGGCGUUUCAAAGCCUGAAAAUGUGGGGCAUUUGUAGCAGAAUGGUAAAGGUGGGGAUGGCAAAACCAUCUGGUUUGGUCAAACCCUGCCACUUGGUGAAGCCAGUUUCAGCAACUCGUAUCAGUGGGAGAUACCUGACCCAUCAGAAGGGGUUGCCCAGUCUGCCUGUUCCCCCUCUACAACAGACGUUUGAGCGCUACAUCACAGCCCUGGAGCCCAUCGUAGAGGCGGAUGAGCUGAUGCACACAAAGGAAAUAGUGGAUGACUUUCAAAAACCUGGAGGAAUUGGUGAAAGGCUGCAGAAAGGCCUGGAGAGGAGAGCGCAAAAUACAGAGAAUUGGUUGUCAGAAUGGUGGGUGCAGGUCGCUUACCUCGACUAUCGUUUGCCUGUGGUGAUCCAUUCGAGUCCUGGGUUGGUUUUGCCGCAAAUGAACUUCAAUGAUAAGCAGGGACAAAUAAGGUUUGCUGCCAAACUGAUUGCAGGUGUUUUGGAUUUCAAGACGAUGAUUGACAAUGAGACAAUACCGGUAGAGUACCUGGGAGGGAAGCCACUGUGUAUGAAUCAGUACUAUGAAGUCCUAUCGUCCUGCCGAAUCCCUGGUUUGAAAAGAGACGCUGUGGUGAACCAUGCCAAAAGCUCCAAGCCCCCGAAACACAUCACUGUUGUACAUAAUUUUCAGUUCUUUGUGCUGGAUGUGUAUAACAGUGAUGGGACGCCCUUAACAGCUGAGCAGCUCUGUGUUCAGCUAGAACGCAUCUGCAGCUCCUCCCUACAAACCAAUGUUGAGCAGGUGGGUAUUCUCACCACCCAACACCGGGACACUUGGGGCAAGACCUAUGUUAACCUUAUCAAAGAUCGGACCAACAAAGAAUCUGUGUCAGCCAUUCAAAGGAGCAUAUUCACAUUGUGUUUGGACGGGCCGAUGCCUCAAGUGUCAGAGGAUGCUUAUCGCAGUUGUGCGGCAGUCCAAAUGUUGCAUGGAGGUGGAAGCGUGUGGAACAGUGGCAACCGCUGGUUUGACAAGACAUUGCAGUUUAUCGUUGGAGAAGAUGGGACAUGUGGUGCCAACUAUGAGCAUGCUCCAGCAGAGGGCCCACCCAUUGUUGCCCUGAUUGACCAUGUUGUGGAAUACACGCGUAAGGCCGAAUUGGUUCAGUCUCCAACGGUUUCUUUGCCUACGCCCAAAAAACUGCACUUCAACAUCACACCUGAGAUCAAGAAGGACAUUGAAGAGGCCAAAAAGAGCAUGAAUGUACUAGCCAAUGACCUGGAUAUGAGAGUUAUUGUUUUCAACCAAUUUGGAAAAAAUGUUGCAAAAGCCCACAAGAUGAGCCCUGAUGCGUUUAUACAGGUGGCAUUACAACUGGCUUACUACAGAAUGUAUAAUCAUUGUUGUGCGACAUAUGAAAGUGCCUCACUUCGUAUGUAUAGACUUGGUCGCACUGAUACAAUCCGAUCAGCCUCGAAUGCCUCUGCUGCAUUUGUAAAGUCCUUCGAUGACCCAAACAAGCAGAACACAGAGAAAGUGGACCUCAUGGAAAAAGCUGUAAAAGCACACAGAUCAUAUACAAACAUGGCAAUCAGCGGGCAAGCUAUUGAUCGACAUCUACUGGGUCUGAAGAUGCAGGCUGCUAAGGAAAAGAUCUCAGUUCCUGAUGUUUUCAAAGAUCCGUCCUAUGCCAAAGCUUUACACUACCGUUUGUCUACAAGUCAGGUGCCAUCCAAGACUGACUGCGUCAUGUGUUUUGGCCCUGUCGUACCUAAUGGCUAUGGUGUCUGCUACAAUCCUAUGGAUGACCACAUCAACUUUGCAAUUUCCUCUUUCAAUGGGUGUAAAGAAACGAAUGCAGCUGAUUUGGCACGAGCUGUGGAGAAUGCACUUCUUGACAUGAGGACAUUACUGGAACAAACUCCAAGGGCCAAACUGUGAUACAGGCUCUGGAUUUCCUGUUAAAUACAGACCAGGUUAAAGUGCCUGUGACAGCGUAAAAAAAUCUUAAAUAGCAUGAUUAUGUGAAUUACAAUCAUAUUUUGAGACAAUUCGACUAUAUACAACAAUUUGGCAAAGCACAGAUGAUGAGAAAUUAGUCUUUUAAUCUGUCACUAUAUAUACUGCUCUAGCGUCCCCAGUUGGAUGAUGACGUCGCCAGGGUCACGAUUUCAUCUUAUUUGGAAUUCAGCCCAUUGAGGGGGAAGAUUUAAAAUGAGGAAAAUAUAACAUAGAGCAGCAAAAUGUCUUGAUUGUUUCAAUCUCUACUCCAAUAUUUUUACAGGAUAUUCUUUUUAUCUAAGUAUUUUUCCCCAAUUGCUAAAUAAGUGGUAUGGUCAUGACAAAUUACAGUCUUGUGCUAAAUAGAAUAUGAAAUAUUAAAAAUGCAUUUAUUCAGUACGACAGGGCAGAAUUACUUCAUAAUGGUCAAAACUGCCGACUUCUUCCUCUCCCGAACGUUAUUUUAUGCCACCGGAGAUAGUCUGGCAUUUGUCAUUUCCUGGCUUCGGAGACGGAGGAAAGAGCGUAGACAAAACAGGAGGUGUGACAGCUAGCCGAAAUGCUAACCCGAACCGAGCAGCUUUUCCAAGUCUUAUCCUCACCUUUUGAAAAUGAAAAAUCACACAAAACUACCCUAGCUCAUAUCACACACAGCAAAGGGGUUGAUUGUCUUCACCGAUCGGCCAGCCCCUGGUUACGGCUCGUCGUUCUGCUGCGACCAUGGCAUGCUGGCAGUGCUCGUCGCCAGGAGUAAAUGCCAAAAUUAGCCCAUUUUUGGUGGACAAACCGGCCAACGUUGGAGCGGGGGGCUGCCCGUGGCCAGACCAAAGAUAGUGGUCUAUUGGCGGACUCACGAAGAGGACCGAUGGGGUGGAAGUGACCAUGAUGUGUGACAAGCCGGCGGUCGUUGGCCGAGUGGCCUUCUCGGUGGACAGGGAGCAUUGUCACCCACAAAAUGCAUCCCACCUCCUUAUUAAAACGUGUGCCAUGAUCCCAUUACUUGACAUAAUACAAAACACGUAGUUUACUCACUUCCUCGUCGGUCCAAUGGUCCCACAGUUGUCAGACUUGUUUUAGCCAUUCUCCGCGGUGAACGGAAAUUUUUGAAACCCAAAAAGGCUCACACGCCUCUCCCUGGUGCAGCAACAAAAGCCUGCAGCACAUUGGGCUGGCGUGAUGCAAAAAAUAAAUGAAUUAAUCCGCAAAAUCUGCUGAAUCCGCAGUCCACCUGCAUCCUAUAUCGCAAUGGCUGUAUUGUGAGAUGGUGACCCGGCCGACGUCACAUUCGCAUUCUUUGUCAAUCCAGGAAGUCAUUCAUUUUCAUGAAUAGGUAAAUCGAUCGCUUCCACACACAUCCAAGCGGUUCAUUUCAUUCAGGAACAUGAAAUAUCACGUGAAGUAUGAAAUAAACCUUCUUUUUGCUGUCAUAGGCACUUUAAAGUGAACACUGAAAUAACUUGAAUGUAAUUGGCCUUAUUUCAAAGGUGUUUAUAGUAAACAUUUUAUCAAGCUGUUCUUUAGCUUAUCAUGAACCUUGACCCAUCUCUUUAAAAAUCAUUGAUGCUGCUUGUUGUGUAGAAAAUUCACUACUUGCUUCAGUAUGCACCCUGUCAUUUACAGAUUCAUUGUACAAUAGUGAACAAAAUAGAUGAACAAAAAACAUUUUUUUGUAUUUUCCACUGUCUUAAAAGACUUCAAAUUUCAUUUAUCACUUGACACUUUGGCCCAUGUGGCAUUGAGUUUUACUUUAUAAAUGAUGAUUUUUUUUUUUUUUUUUUUUUUUUUGGUACAAGACCGUAUAUACAGUAAUGUGCGCUUAAUAAUAAAGUUUUGUGACAAUGUUUCUUUGCCACAUUUUGUCACACUAUCAAAAGGGUUCAACUCACAGCAAUUAUUAAUUAUUUAUUUGGUUUUAUUUAUUUUUGUCCUGAUUCAAGGUCGAGAUAUUUUUGUUAUUGUCGAGAAUUAAAGAAUCGAAGAACUGACCUGGUAGUCCUUGUAUUAGCUGCAAAAUAAAAGGAAAUGGAACAUCCUGUUCUUGAAAGUGAGAAUGAAACAAAGAGAGGAAGGCUGCUUUAUCAGGUCAUGGAGAAAGUGAAAUGCCAGGGGAUGAUUUAACGAUAUCCAUCUAUUUCCUAUACUUUUUUCUUCACAAUACAGUAUCCA